CCAGAAUUGGAUCUAUCCUAACACAACAAUUUGUUGCUUCAGCAUCAAUGUUGAUCCAAUUGUCCCCUUUCCCUUUUACAGAUCCAAUUCAAGUCUAUCAGAUCCAAUUCCUGAUAAAUGUAUCCAAACAUAAAUCACGUCACUCAAACUCACGUUUACCAGAUCCAAUUCAUAUCAGAUCCAAUUCUGGCCAGAUCCAAUUCUACUAACGCCGAGCCAAACACACACCUUACCCCCCUUCCCCCCCAUUUGACGUGGCUUCUUCUAGCUUCACUGGUUGCUGAAGCUUCACCAUCUGGUGUUUGAUUUCACUAUCAGCUUCUUCUUCCUCUCAGAUUGGGAAAUGUCUAAACAACGAAAUCUGGUAAAGAAAAAGAAGAAGAUAGUGACUUUGUCUUCUUCAUCUGAGAAUUAUGACUUGGCCAAUUUAGAAGUCCGUAGGUUAUCUUCCUUUUAUAAGUCCCCAGAAUCAGUGAAGAAGCUUAGGUCUCGGUUGUCCUUAUCAUCUUCAGAAGAGAUUGAAAAAAAAAUCAUUAUCGAGGCAUGCCGUAUGGGCGAGCCUGUUUGUUUCAAUCAACCACCAGGGGCUUUAACCGAAUAUUUUUACAUGUAUGAGACUUUGUUUAGCAGAUUGAACAUUAAACUCCCUUUUUCGGACUUUGAAUGUGAUGUUCUUAGAACCCUGAAUGUUGCUCCUACCCAGUUGCAUCCUAAUAGUUGGGCGUACAUUCGCGCGUUCAACCUGCUAUGUGGAAACUAUGAUAUAAACCCUUCGGCUCGUCUGUUCUUUUGCUUCUUUAAAAGUAAGCUGGGUCGUAAAGGGUGGAUUUCCCUAAAUGGGAUUCCAGGGAAAUGUUUGUUUUCCCUCUUUGCCUCAAAUUAUAAAUAUUUCAAAACCAAGUUCUUUCGUGUUAAAAACAGACAAGAUUUCCCUGAAUUGAUAAAAGACGCUAGCGGGGGCUAUAAAUUUCCUCUAUACUGGUCAUCCAACCCCUCGUCGAUUAGUGAGACUGACCGAUCUAGCCUUACGCCGAUCGAACGAGCUCAUGCCAGCUUCCUAAAGAAGUUUCCUAUACUCUGUAGCUCUGAUAUAAUCAAUUUGGAAAACAAACCAGGUGCCUUGCGACAGUAUUUAGCCGAGAUGUCUCCCAUGACCGAUGCAGACCUUUUGGCUUACACCAAGAAGAACAAAGCUACUAAAGGAAAAGAUCAGGCCCCUGGUAGCCAUGAGCAGACCGGACAAUCUGAGUCCACCGUUGUGGAAAUUCUUACCAAAAAGAGAAAAAGGACUUCUGAAAAUGUUGCUGAAGUUUCUACCCCUAAUCUCUCGACUCAGAAGUCAUCUUUCAAGAGUUGUGAAAUUGAACAGUGGCAGUCAGUUCUCCAGGUGUGUGAGAAUGAGUUUGUUGGUGAGGCAUUAACUCUUUGGGACAAACAAUUCCCAAUACCUGACUUAAUUGAUACCUGCCUCACCAAGAGUAAGGAUGUGGAGAAAGUGAAAAAGCUGAACCCUCAACAACUUAGCCAUGCUUUGGAAACCUACACUGUACAAUCUGCCUUCCUUGCUCGAUCUUUGGAGAAGGAAUGGGAACAACAUGAGAAAGAUUUUGAAACUUUGAAAAAAAUCAAUGAAGAACUCAAGGGUCAGUUGGAUAAGGCCGAGAAGGAUGUAGACGAUUUAAGAAACAAGUUUUAUAUCCUAAAACUUGAAAAUAGAGAAAAGGAUUUAAAGAUUAAGGAGUUGGAAGAUGAAAAGAAGAAUUUGGUUACUUCUUUGGAGAUUGAUCGCGAUGUACUUAAAGUGACUUGUGAAAAUCUUGAGGCUGAAGUGGAAGAAUUGAAGGGUGAGGUGGCCUUAAAGUAUGCUUCCGGGUUUGAGAAAGCACUUAUGCAGGUCCGUUUCCUAUAUCCUAACUCAAAUUUGGAGGAGACCGGACCUUUUAAAGUUGUGAAAGAUGGAAAGUUGGUCGAUCAGUUUCCUAAUUCUAACUAGUUAUGUAUAGAUAUCGACAUUAUCCUUUUGUAUAUAUUGUGUGUUAAGAGGUAACUUUAUGUACCUGCUGUUCUAUCAAUGUAUUUCAGUUGAUCUUAGGUACAGACAUUAUCCUUUUGUAUUGUCUGUCAAGAAGUAACUUUAUGUACCUGGUAUUUUGGUGGGUUAAUUAUGUACUGUGCACCAAUUAAUUUUAUGGAUUACUGGUA